AACCCCCAAACUGCCCCUUCUUUUUGCUGAGCACCAUCAUUAUUAUUCGAUUCUGACGUUUUUUUGUAACCCCGUUUUUCAGUUAUCAAAUGGACGAUUCGAACGAACACAAAGGAAAUUCCUCGCCGUCGUCUCUGAAGGAGAUGCUCAAAUCUUCUCUGUGUUUAUCUUGUUGCCUCCGUAAGCACCGGAAUGGCCAUCAUCAUCACCAUCACCACCACCACCAUCACCGGCGGAUGUCAAUUUCCUCCGACGGCGAUUCGCCUGGACCGCUUAUGAGGUGUUCCUCUGCCAAGGAUAAAUCCAGAUCUCGUGAGAGUCCUGAGAUCAAGGAUCGACGUCCUCAUUUCAUUUCGCGACUCGGUCGCCAUGGACGUCGUCACUCUGCUUCCGCUGAUUUCCGCUACGAUGCGCUUAGUUACGCGCUCAAUUUCGAUGAAGGAUACGAUGAAGGCCAUGUUGAUGAUGACUUUCCUCUCAGAAAUUUCUCCUCUAGGUUACCGGCUUCUCCGCGGAAAUCCUCGCCGUCUUCGUCAAAUGCGUCGAGGGAGAUGAUCACGGCGUUUAGUUAAUUAAUCGAAUAAUUCGUAGAGGCGUUUCGUGGUUUAAUUCGCGGCCGAUCGUUAAUAAUUACAGCAAACGGUACGGUGUGGUUAUACUUAUGAACGACGAGGUUCAAUGGAACGGAAGCGAUCGAAUUCCAAAAGGUACAUUUCGCCAGAUUUUCAAUACACAAAUCCUCUGGAAAUGCGUUUUGGUUUUGCGUAACUUUUUCUUCAUGGAAAUACCACAUAUAUAUAUAUAAGUGCGUGCCUGUGUUUAUAUAACAUAUUCGGAUUUUGCAACAUAGUUUUCAUAUUGUUCUUGUUUAAUAUAUAUAAUGUGAUCUAAAUCUUAUCUCGUUCUGG